AGCCAUCGACUUCGGGGAGCAGGCCUUGAACCGGGGCAUUGCUGCUGUCAAGGAGGAUGCAGUUGAAAUGCUGGCCAGCUACGGGCUGGCAUACUCCCUAAUGAAGUUCUUCACGGGUCCGAUGAGUGACUUCAAAAACGUGGGCCUGGUGUUUGUGAACAGCAAGCGAGACAGGACCAAAGCCGUCCUGUGUAUGGUGGUGGCUGGAGCCAUUGCCGCCAUCUUUCACACACUGAUAGCUUACAGCGAUUUAGGCUACUACAUUAUCAAUAAACUGCACCAUGUGGACGAGUCAGUGGGGAGUAAGACGAGAAGGGCCUUCCUGUAUCUCGCGGCCUUUCCAUUCAUGGAUGCAAUGGCAUGGACCCAUGCUGGUAUUCUCUUAAAACACAAAUACAGUUUCCUGGUGGGAUGUGCCUCAAUCUCAGAUGUCAUAGCUCAGGUCGUUUUUGUAGCCAUUUUGCUUCACAGUCACCUGGAAUGCCGGGAGCCCCUGCUCAUCCCCAUCCUCUCCCUGUAUAUGGGCGCACUUGUGCGUUGCACCACCCUGUGCCUGGGCUACUACAGGAACAUUCACGACAUCAUCCCCGAUAGAAGUGGACCCGAGCUGGGGGGAGAUGCAACAAUAAGAAAGAUGCUGAGCUUUUGGUGGCCUUUGGCUCUGAUUUUGGCUACACAGAGGAUCAGUAGGCCUAUCGUCAACCUCUUUGUUUCCCGGGACCUCGGUGGCAGUUCUGCAGCUACAGAGGCGGUGGCAAUUUUGACAGCCACGUACCCCGUGGGUCACAUGCCGUACGGCUGGCUGACGGAAAUCCGCGCUGUCUAUCCUGCUUUCGACAAGAAUAACCCCAGCAAUAAACUGGUGAGCACCAGCAACACGGUGACAGCAGCCCACAUCAAGAAGUUCACCUUCGUCUGCAUGGCCUUGUCACUGACGCUCUGUUUUGUCAUGUUUUGGACACCCAACGUGUCUGAGAAAAUUUUGAUAGACAUCAUUGGAGUGGACUUCGCCUUUGCAGAACUCUGUGUUGUUCCCUUGAGGAUCUUCUCCUUCUUCCCAGUUCCAGUCACCGUGAGGGCCCAUCUCACCGGGUGGCUGAUGACACUGAAGAAGACCUUUGUCCUGGCCCCCAGCUCCGUGCUGCGGAUCAUCGUCCUCAUCGCCAGCCUCGUGGUCCUGCCCUACCUGGGGGUACACGGUGCCACCCUGGGUGUGGGCUCCCUCCUGGCGGGCUUUGUGGGCGAGUCCACCAUGGUCGCCAUUGCUGCAUGCUAUGUCUAUCGGAAGCAGAAAAAGAAGAUGGAGAAUGAGUCGGCCACGGAGGGGGAAGACUCCGCUAUGACUGACAUGCCUCCAACAGAGGAGGUGACAGACAUCGUGGAGAUGAGGGAGGAGAAUGAAUAAGGCACAGGACGCCAUGGGGCACUGCAGGGACAGUCAGGACGACACUUCAGCAUCAUCUUGUCCCUCUCCCAUUGUGUUGUUCCUUUUUUUGUUUUUUGGUAAUGAAGAGGCCUUGGUUCAAAGGUUUCGUGUCAAUUCUCUAGCAUACUGGGUAUGCUCACACUGACAUGGGGACCUAAGGAAAGGUCUUUAUUGUUGCUAUGUCAAAACAAAUGAAACAGCUGACUUCAUGCCCCUGCUUCACAAAAACCCAAAAGACACAGCUGCCUCGGGGUUAUAGCUGUGUCUUCCUCCCUCGGACAAUCUCCACUUGGAACCAAAGGACUGUGGCUGUGCCAUCAUCGCCUCUCAAUCACCCUGCACAGCGGGCCACAGACUCUCUGUCCCUUUUCAUUUUCUCUCUCAAGAAUCAACAGGUGCUUCCUCUGAUCUGCUUCCCAGUCACAUGGCUGUACAAAGAGAUGUAACCCUGGUCACCUGUUCCGUUUCCCUUCCACCAUGGAGUCAUAAGCUGUCUACCACACACAUGCGGAAGGCAGGCCACAGCUUCACACCGAGGAACAGACAUCUGUGACCACGCCGGGCCCACACACAGAGAUCAUCUGUGGGAUGGUCUGAGGCGCCAUGGGCGUAGCAGACUGACACGGUCGCACAGUAGCAUUUCCCUUUGCGUUUUCCAGACUCCAGCAGCCGUCGGUUCUCAUGCUCCGCCAUGUAUAUACAUGAGCUAAUUUUUUUAAGUUGUCACAAAGCGCAUCUCCAGAUGCCAGCACCGUCUGCAUGACUCGUCCCGAGGGCUGACUUCUCAUGCGCCUUUCCUGAAGGUGGCACUAGAGCGAGUUCAGUGGAGCCUUCUAGCUCGAUGUUUAGUUUUUACAGUGAACUGCAGCUUUAAGUCAUAAUCUAGCGUUCUCAUGCCAGGUGGCUGUGCGGUAACUCCAGAAGCAGCUUCACUCCCUGGCCCUGCCACUCGUCGCCAUAACGGCAGCGCAGGCCAUUCAGAGUGUGCUGCGGUACUUCCCUCUCACACCACAUGAUUAAGCAAGAUGUUUUAUAACACUAUCAAAGUCACUAUGUGAUACUCCCUGAAGUAACGCAUUUGAAAUCCAUUUAGUGCAGUAUAUUUUUCUAAGUUUUGGAAAGCGGGUUUUUUCCUUUAAAAAAUUAUGGACUCAGUUCACUAAAUUGUUGAUUUAGUCAAAAUUCCUAGAGUGAAAGAACCUAAACAAAAAAAAUAUUUUAAGGAUAUAAAUAUAUGCCGUAUAUGUUAUGUAAUUUAUUUUAGGCUAUAAUACAUUUCCUAUUUUCGCAUUUUCAAUAAAAUGUCUCUAAUACAAUAUGGUGAUCGCCUGUGUGCUCUACAUACCUGCAGUUGAAAUGUAUCGUAUCAAUGAACAUUGUACCUUAUUCACAGCAGUUUGACAAAGUCUGUCAUUUGUAUAUGAAAGUCAGGGUUGGUAAAUGCCACAACUAUUUUUCAUGCUGGGUAACCUGGGAAUCAAUGGAUUCGUGGGUAUAGACAGGAGUGGGAAGGGACGCAUAAACUGGAAGAGCAAAAAAAGAGAGAAAGAAGUCAGGUUUUGUGUCUGUUGUUUGCAGUGCUGUGUAACCAUAUUGUUCCUCACAGAAAAAAAGAAUGUAAGACCAUGAAGUCAGCUGUGGACAUAACAGGGUUGCAUUCGCGGUUCUGGGGACCCCGUGCCCACUUUGGGGACGGGUCUUUACGCACAUCCUCAGAGUGGAUUUCCUGCAUUUCCAUGUAUAUGAAUGCUGAACAUUAAGACGCAUAGCUGUUUUGCAGUGGUUUCAGAAGCAGAUCUGAGAAGAUGGGGGGGAAAAUAUCUAAUUGUAUCAGCUUUUUUAAAGUACAUGACUAGAAAAUUAAACAGCAGUAUUUUUUAACA